AUGGUAGCACGACUGGACACAAUGAACACCUCCCAGGUUCAAGGCCUCCCCCAAGAAGAGACGGCCUUCCCCCGCCGCUUCCGCAAUAGGAAUCCUCUGAUCCUGCGCCAGAUCGUGUCGCCGUCUGUCUUGGAACAGUGGUCCUCCCACCCGGAGCAUGUCGUCCAAGCCCUGAACCGGACUGUCUCAGGAGCAGGAGCAGGAGAAGGGGAGGAACCGUUGUUGCCGGUGAUGGUUGCAGAGGAUGCCAAGAACUUUAUGGAUAACCCGCAGUUCACCAAGAAGAUCGAUAUGACGGCGAGAGAGAUUGUUGCGAGGGUGCUUUUGCAGAGGCAGAGACAGGAGCUGCCAGAGGAGGCGAUGAUGGAGGUGGUGGUGCCGCAGUUGGAGGUCUUGCAGGAAGAAACCCUACAGGCACAGGAUGAUUUGAUGGUCGCAGAAGAAGAAGAAGUAGCCGUCCCUACUAUUUCUUCCGCCUCUUCCGCAGCUACAAUAACAGCAGCAGCAGGACCCCCCACCAUAUGUCCCUACUGCGAAAAUCAGGACAUCGACAACAAUCACAUCGACACACACACAACCAUCCAGAACCGCAGAUUCUACUACAGAGGAAUGGUGCCCGCAACACUUUACGACUCUCUCAACAUCCCCGCCCUUCUCACCUCGCUCUCCCUCCCCCAAACCACAACCUCCUUCGCCAACGUACCUAACAAGGACCUUAUGCGGAUCUGGGUCUCUCUCGCCGGGGCAACGACUCCACUGCACUACGACCGAUGCCACGGGAUCUUGAUCCAGUUAGUGGGGAGGAAACGGUUCGUGAUCUUUUCGCAUGAGGACACGCAUGGGCUGUACCCUUAUGAUGGGAUCUCGGGGCCUGGACAUGCUAGUAAAGUCCGUGGGUUGGGGCACUGCUUCCCUCUUUCUUCCUUAUCUAUGGAGACCAAGGACAAGGAGUAUCAGGAGCAUCUGGACGAGAACAUGGCAGAGGUGCAGAGGAGGUGGCCCAAGAUCCGGAACACGACACCGUGGAUUGUGGAUCUGGAACCGGGCGAUGCGUUGUAUACCCCUCUGGGGUUCUGGCAUGAGGUGACGAGUGUUGAUCAUUCGGUAAGUAUUACUGUGCCUUGGGAUAUGGACGCCAACGAGCUGCAGUCUGUUCCUCGCCAUAUGAUUUGA